AUGACGAACACCAUGAUCUGUCCCUUCUGCGGAAUCGCCGGCGGCGGUGAAUAUGAGAUGCUGACGCAUAUGGAAUCUUUUCAUCCAGAAGAAGACCAGGCCUCAUCAUCACAGGCAGCUCAGGAGCAGUAUGCUGAGUGCCCCAUCGAAGGAUGCGGCGAAGUGCUCUCUAUAGCUGAGAUGGACUACCACGUUGACCUCCACGUCGAAGAACAGCGGCAAGGGGUCGGCGAUCCGUCUGAGAACCAGACGGCCGACGGUACCGCGAGCUCCAGAAUGACCACCGAAGUCGGGGCCGUGAGCAGCAGCAGUCAUGCUGGUAGCGGAUCUGCAGGUGACACGCAGAGGGCUGUCAUCCAGCAAUGGGGCCAGCUCUUGUCAAUGCCCCAGCCCAAAGAAAAAGUCGCGACAGGGGACAAGCGUUUGGGAGUAUGUCCGCUUAGAGGACGUGUCGGUGUCCUCACAUAUGCUGACAGGUACCAGAAAGCCGAGCUGGGCAAAUACGCGCAUGAACAAACCAUGCCUGACUGGCUGGUUUCGCUACUUCAUAAAGGCGGGGAGGUAACAAGCGACGGUUCGUACAUCUUUCAGGCCGUGAUGGACCGCAGACUAAGUUUCAGGGGUGAUCAACGUUCUCGAACAGCUUCUUCGGCAGAGCAGGUCUACAGAAUAUGCAUGAUGGUUUCUUACAUCAACGGUGCGAACGCCUACGGCAGAGAUCAGUUCAGGGGACGUUUGCCCACCAUAUUCGAGAUACAAGAGUACAUCGAAAAUGCGUGGGAUAUGGGCAUUAACGCCCAAGGCCGCGUUGAAACGGGGGGUAUCAAGGGCACUCGUAAAUAUAUUGGAACGCCGGAGGUGAGACUUUCCUUUUCGAGGAAUGCAUACAUCGACUAA